AUGGAAGGGAACAUUUCUUUGAAUGUGAAAAUUUUCAUUUCCAUAGUUCUGGUUUUUGUACUUGGUCUGUUCAUGCAUCUAUGCAGUGUACUUGUAAUAAAACCUAAGAAAAUACGUGAAAUUCUGAGAAAACAAGGGAUAAAUGGACCACCACCAAAAAUUUUGCUUGGUAAUAUCUUGGAAAUCAAGAAUUCUCGAAAUGCCGACGAGAAGAGUCCGACUAAUCAUUCUCAUCCUCCUGUCUCCCAUGACAGUGCAGCCGUUUUUCCAUUUUUCCAGCAAUGGAGAAAACAAUAUGGUCAGUUAUUUGCGUUUUCUCUUGGUAAUAUGCAAAUAAUACACGCAAACGACCCUGAUUUGGUAAAAGCAAUAACUAAGUGCACGUCGUUGGACUUGGGGAGGCCGAAGUAUCAACAAAAAGAGCUCGGCCCUUUGCUCGGCCAAGGCAUCUUAACUUCCAAUGGCGCCAUUUGGGCACGGCAGAGGAAAAUUAUGGCUCCUGAGUUAUUUAUGGACAAGGUUAAGGGAAUGAUGAACAUAAUUACAGAAUCUGCAGACUCCCUCGUGAAAUCAUGGAAACAUGAAAUUUCAACUGGAAGUGGAAUUGUAGAAAUCGUGGUUGACGAAUAUAUGAAAAGAUUUUCAGGUGACAUAAUAUCGAGAGCGUGUUUUGGUAGUAGUUAUUCCAAAGGACAAGAGAUAUUUUCCAAACUUGGAGCUCUCCAAGAGGUUAUGUCGAAAAAAACAUUGUCUAUCGGAAUUCCAGGUUUAAGAUACCUUCCAACAAAAAGCAACAGGGAAAUAUGGGCUCUGGAGAAGGAAAUAUGCGCAUUGAUCUUGAAGAUCGUAAAGGAAAGACGACAAGAAGGAUAUGAUAAGGACUUAUUGCAGAUGCUUGUUGAAGGUGCGAAAACUAGUAAUUUGAGCCAGGAUGCAAUUGAUCAGUUCAUUGUGGAUAACUGCAGAAACAUCUAUUUAGCUGGAUUUGAGACUUCUGCUGUGGCAGCUUCUUGGUGUCUCAUGUUGUUGGCUUCAAACCCAGAAUGGCAAAAACGAGCUAGAGCCGAGGUCUUGGAAGUUUGUGAUGGUCAAGUCCCGGACACGGACAUGCUCUGUAAAAUGAAACAGUUGAACAUGGUAAUUCAAGAAACCUUGCGCCUUUACCCUCCUGCGCCAACAUUAGCAAGGGAGGUACUAACAGACAUGAAAAUUGGCGAAAUUCACGUGCCCAAGGGCGUGAACCUCUGGACCAUGGUGGCAACGCUCCACACAGACACCGAUAUAUGGGGACCAGAAGCGCUGAAAUUCAAACCGGAAAGGUUUGAAAAAGGAAUUGCUGGUGCAUGCAAGAACCACAACUCGUACUUGCCCUUUGGAUUCGGGCAGCGUGUGUGCGUAGGACAAAAUUUGGCCAUGGUUGAACUAAAGAUCCUUAUGGCUCUUAUUCUUUCCAACUUUUCUUUUGAUCUCUCUCCCAAAUAUGUUCAUUCCCCGGUUAUGAGGAUGAUAAUAGAGCCCAAAGAUGGAGUCAAUCUCUUGAUAAAACAGCUGUAA